UUUUGUGCCGUGUAAGUUUUAUAAAAAUUCGGGCAAGAAGGAAAAAAUACCCAUGAACAUUUUCAGAAAAGAAAGCAGGGGGCACGGGUGAUAUUUUGGGAGCCAGUGACGAAGGGCAGUCGGUCAAAUCCUUCGAAGCAUCUCUCGAUUCCUCCGCCUUUUUUUUAAAGUGAAAGCCUAACCGCCCUCGCUGCUCCGUCUUCCUUCUCCGGUUCUCCUCCGUUCAAGCUCUAGGGCUCCGCACUCCUCCGCCUUCAUCCAUCAAAGCCCAAACCCUCUUCAUCUCGGGCUCUUCUCCUCCUCAGCCAUCAUCGAUCAGCAAGGUCCGAGUUGGAGUGGAAGUGCGGAGAACAAGUUAUUGUGUGAUUAAGAGGCACAUAACCAGAGGAGUUUGUGCUAUGUUAGUCAAAUUUAUCUCUCACUAUAGUUUGUGGUGAUGAAUCUUGGAAUUUGAAUCCAUUUGAGGCGACUCAUUCAGUUUCAACCAAGUCUUCCAGGAAGAGAACACCAGAGGCUAAAAAUGGUGAUCAAGAUGGAGGAUGAGGACUACAUGCGGUUCUUGAACAAUCAAUAUGCACAUGAGAAUGAAAUUAUAGAUACCAUGACAAAGCCUUUAUCCCAAAACACUGAAGAUAUAGAUCCUGCUUAUAAAACGUUUCUUGAACAUUUAAGGGAAGAUGGGAAAUCAUAUGUUUUUGAAAUGAUAAAUGGAGAUAAUGACCCGCCAACACUUAUAAAAUAUGAAGGGGAGGAUGAUUUAUCUGAAAACAAUGAGGCUGCUACCAAAACAAGCUCAGGCAAUAUUCUGCUUGAGGGCAGAAAUGAUUCCGCAACCAAAAAAGGGCAGAAAAGAAGAAGACUUUGGCCCAAAUCUGGUGAAGGUGUCAACAAACCAUCUGAAUCCUCCAUGGUGGAUGAGUCUUAUCAGACAUUUCUUAGUCACUUAAAGUGGGAAGGAGGUUCCAUGGUACUUGAAUUUGGUUCUCUUUCCAUCACAUAUGAUGGAGAAAGGGAAUCAACAAUUUCGUCAGAUAUUUUGGCACCUGAAAGUAAUGUGAAGUCUGAUGAGCUAAGUCUGGUACCAUAUAAAAGCCCUGAACCCGAUAUAACUGUGUGUGAGGAUGGUAACAUGGCAUCCCUUCAGCAGUGUGAGUUAUAUAAGACAGAGCUAAUGGCCAUUCUGGAUAAGCCAUAUGAUCAGGAUGAAUAUGAAGAGCUAUUGGAAGAAGCAAAAGAGCGCAAACCACUUAGCAAACAGAAGCACCUGCGUAGCAUGUCGAUAUCUUAUGAGACGAAGGAAGUGGGCCAGUCAUAUCUCGAUCAUUUUCCUGCGAUGGUGGUAUUCACAGGUACUUGGUGCGUUGGAAAGGUUGACUUGAGUCUGAUGAUACUUGGCUCAAUCGAGGUGACUUACAGAGGCUGGAUCCAGAUCUUCUUAAGCAGUGUGGCAGUCGUCUUGAUUUACACUCGACAAGGUCGAGUUCUCUCCCAUAUGGAGAGAAUGAUGAGGACAUCCAGAUACGUGCACGUGAUUUUCGUCGUGUUUAUCAGCGCAGGAGACGUCGCGUUUCAGCAUUGUGGUUUUCAUUUUUUAGUUAGUAGUUAUUUCAGUAGUAGUUAUUUCAAUUGUAAUAGUUAAUUUUGAAUUUCGAAUUUUAGUUUGGAUUUGGUAGCUAAUCAGUUUUAGUACUGAUUGAUUGUGAAAGAUUUUGAGUGAUUUGGGGAAUCUCCUAAAAUCUUGUAUUUUCUAUUCUAUUUAAGCGCAAAUUGUAAUCAGAACAUUAUUAAAGAUUGAAUUGAAAAUUCGUGUUGACUG